AAAGGAACAAUUUUUUACAUUUGCCGAACGUAGCCAGUACAAGGUUGUUUUUGUAGUUUAGUUUAACUUCUGCAACUCGACACCGACACCGACACCGUCACCGUCGCCUCUCUAUAUUCGGGAAAGUUUCUACUUUAACCGAUUUUUUCUCCCAGUAACUAUGGCUUCAGAUGCAGAUAUGGAGGAUUAUGGAUUCGAGUACUCCGAUGAGGAACCUGAGGAACAAGACGUUGAUAUCGAGAAUCAAUAUUACAAUUCCAAAGGUUUGGUAGAAACAGACCCUGAAGGAGCUCUAGCUGGUUUUGCUGAAGUGGUCAGCAUGGAACCGGAAAAGGCUGAGUGGGGAUUCAAAGCUCUUAAGCAGACUGUAAAGCUCUAUUACCGAUUAGGGAGGUAUAAAGAAAUGAUGGAGGCUUACAGGGAGAUGCUAACAUACAUCAAAUCAGCAGUGACACGGAAUUACAGUGAGAAAUGUAUAAAUAAUAUUAUGGACUUUGUGUCUGGGUCAGCUAGUCAAAAUUUUGGGCUCCUGCAAGAAUUCUAUCAGACCACUCUAAAGGCCCUUGAAGAGGCAAAGAAUGAGAGACUUUGGUUUAAGACAAAUCUUAAGCUAUGCAAGAUCUGGUUUGAUAUGGGUGAGUAUGGGCGAAUGAGCAAGAUUUUGAAGGAACUUCAUAAAUCUUGUCAAAAGGAAGAUGGAACAGACGAUCAAAAGAAGGGAAGUCAGCUUCUGGAAGUAUAUGCAAUUGAAAUUCAAAUGUAUACCGAGACAAAGAACAACAAAAAGCUCAAGCAAUUAUACCAGAAAGCACUUGCUGUCAAGUCUGCAAUACCACAUCCUAGGAUCAUGGGAAUAAUUCGUGAAUGUGGUGGCAAGAUGCAUAUGGCUGAGCGUCAAUGGGCUGAGGCAGCCACAGAUUUCUUUGAAGCUUUCAAGAACUAUGAUGAAGCUGGAAACCAGAGACGUAUACAAUGCCUAAAAUACCUUGUUCUAGCUAACAUGCUGAUGGAAUCUGAAGUUAAUCCUUUUGAUGGCCAGGAGGCAAAGCCGUACAAAAAUGACCCUGAGAUUUUGGCGAUGACAAACCUUAUAGCAGCCUAUCAACGAAAUGAGAUAAUAGAGUUUGAAAAAAUCCUUAAGAGUAACCGAAGGACAAUCAUGGAUGAUCCGUUCAUCCGAAAUUAUAUUGAAGAUCUUUUGAAGAAUGUCAGAACUCAAGUACUACUUAAGCUUAUAAAACCAUAUACGAGAAUCCGGAUCCCUUUCAUAUCAAAGGAACUCAAUGUGCCAGAAAAAGAUGUAGAGCAGUUGUUGGUUUCCUUGAUCUUGGAUAAUCGAAUCGAUGGGCAUAUUGAUCAAGUGAACCGGCUGUUGGAGCGUGGUAACAGGUCGAAGGGUAUGAAGAAGUACACUGCUAUCGAUAAAUGGAACACACAACUGAGGUCCCUUUAUCAAACCGUUAACAACAGGGUUUAUUGAGAAUGCAAAAAUGCUAUAUGAUAUAAUCCCUUUGGCUAAGGUACUCCCCUUUCUUUUUUGGGGCUACAAGAAUAUGCUUGCUUUCUUGUGUUAGGUGACUUUAGAUAAUCUAGAUUCGAAAGUUUAUGUUUUGUUUUGGUUAGUCAAAGUUUUAUUCUUAUUCAAUGACAGAAAAAAGAAAACCCGAUAUAUUUGCCUGUUUGCAAGAAUUUUGAUUCCGGGUUGACGCUGUUAUAUGAAGUGAUGAUGUUGUGUAGAUCUGACAUGAAAAAAGUGAUACUAGCACUAUAAAUAUAUGAUGGAAUCAAAAUCUACGUUAAAUGCGGUCA